UUUGCUGAGGUAGGUGGCCAAGAACUGGAGCCGCCAGCAUUCCUGCCAGAGCUGCUUAACACACCUGAAAGAAUCUUGAACAAUGCCACACUCUUCAACGGAGUCUUUCAAAAUGUGGAAAGUGUUGCAUUAUUUUUUGACUGCCUGGGUUCUCACUUCACCUGGAUACAGUCCAUCUUCACUAACUUCCCUGCCCUUCUCAACUUUGUGAACAAAAUGAAGUGUGUCACUGGGUUUUGUCCCAGGGAUUUUGAAGACUAUGGUUGCUCUUGCCGGUUUGAGAUGGAAGGGCUCCCCGUGGAUGAAGCUGAUGAAUGCUGCUUUCAGCACCGCAAAUGCUACGAGGAAGCACUGGAGAUGGAGUGCACGUGGGACCCAUCAAAGAUUUCUGCAGAUGUCAGCUGCUCUACUAAAAACCUGACCUGUGACUCUGUGGAUCCCUGUGAACUGUUCCUCUGCACCUGUGACAAAGAUGCCAUUGAAUGCUUUGUGAAUGCACAGAUUAACUCCUCCUUGAAUGGGCUGGAUGUCUCCUCCUGCCCAUCUCCAGUUACAGAAACAACCAGCAAGAGAGAGCUGACAACACGCCACAUGGAGGAGUUGGUUCAUCAAGGGACUGAUGAAACACAGGCUGCGACUGCAUCUGUGGAAGAAGUGGUUUCUUUUAAGCCCCAUGACAGAGUCUUGGCAACUUCCAAAGGCAGAGUUACUUCAAGGGACCAGAGAGGCACAGCUCCUGCUCCCCCCAUCCUCCCAAUAAAAGAAGUUGGAUUUAUGGAACCUUUGGGCUCAGUAGAAGAGAUAACCACCUCCCCAGCCUCAUUCCCAGGAGAUAGCAAGUCAAUGCAAGUCAAAAUUGUUCCCACCAACAAGAGUCCUGCAGGCACACCUGCAAGGACAAAAGGAAAAGAGACAGGCCCUGUAAGGGGUGGCCUGAGCACAGCCUCCUCUGGAAUAGCUCUGGACCUGGGACUGUCUGAGAGAGGACCUGCAGGAAAAGUGUGCCAGCGCCUGACCUUUCUGCAAGAGAGAGGACGUGGGAGAGCGCAGAGGGAGCUGCCCCAGCUUGGAGAAAUGCUGUUCUGUUUAACUGAACGAUGCCCAGAGGAAUUUGAGUCUUAUGGCUGCUACUGUGGCCAAGAGGGGAGAGGUGAUCCCAUCGAUGCACUGGACAGAUGCUGCUUCUCUCAUCACUGCUGUAUGGAGCAAGUUAAGAAACUUGGAUGUCAUGCAGAAAGGAAUUUGAGAUCUGAAGUUGUAUGUUUAGAUCACACUCCAAAAUGCAUUGGCUGGAGCACGUGUGAGAAGCUCCUCUGUGCCUGCGACAAGGCUGCGGCUGAGUGCAUGGCCUCUGCCUUCUUCAACGAGAGCCUGAAGCUUCCCCACGGGCAGCUGUGCCGAGAGGAGAAGCUCUCCUGCCCAGGUGGCCCUGCUGAAAGGCCUCCAGCAGGCACAGAAACAGGCACAGGGGGUUCCAGCUCUGAGGAGAGCAGUGAGGAGGAAGGAGCCCUGCGCAGCGGGUUCCGAAGAGCCAAGAGAGGGACGCAGCAGCACAUUGGGAACUCCAGAACUGUGGGACACGAGGGCAGAUAAGCACCCACCUCCAGGGGCUUGGCAGCUGCCAAACACUGAGUACCUGCUCCUUAUCCUCUGCACACUGCUUCACACUCUCCAGCACACAAAUGACGUAAUCAUAGACUAGGAUUAGGUGUUGGACUGUAUUAACUUCUUACUGUAGGGAAGGUCAGCACUAUGGACCAUCCAUCUUAAAUAACUAUUUGGCAGUGUUCUAUAUAAUUUCACUUGAUUUUUUAUGUAAAAACUCUUAUGAUCAGACUGACUUCUGUUAACUGUGCACUUGGUUCAGACUGGAUCUUGCUGAUGGUGGCCAAGUAUGCCAGGUUUUUAAUUAAACCAACUAAGCAACUACUCCAAAUUCUUCUGCAAACAUUCUUCCUUUACUGAGCUUAGCAGGAAACCCAGAAGCAAAGAUAAAGCAAUUACAUGAAAAUCAGGUCCUUUUUUCAUUCCUGUCUAUAGCUAUGUGUGACUUCCUUCUGAAGGCAACAGAAGGUCCAAAAUGCUGGACAGACCCUCCUCUUAGAGAAGUCUCUUCCCUCCCUGGGGCCCAACUUAAGGACAUGAGCAGGAAACUUCCCAGCCUGGUACAGCCCUUGGAUGUUACUUGUUAUUGCUCUUCCAUGUUGGGGGUGAUGAAGUCACAACGUGCAGUCCCAGGGAGAUCAAAAGAGACUUCAGUGCCUUGGAAUGGCUGAUCAGGAAAUGUGGAGCACAGGUCAU